GGUCUUCUUCCUUCUCCUGUGUGAUCCUCUUCACAGCCUCCUCUAGUCGCUUAUCUUAUUGGUCGAACGUCGCCUGCCCAUCCACGAAAUGGCGUUCGAGAAGAUCAAGGUAGCGAACCCCGUCGUCGAGAUGGACGGGGAUGAGAUGACUCGAGUCUUUUGGAAAUCAAUUAAAGAAAAGCUCAUUUUUCCAUUUGUGGACCUGGAUAUCAAAUACUUUGACUUGGGCCUACCUAAUCGUGAUGCUACAGAUGAUAAAGUCACAAUAGAAAGUGCAGAAGCUACCCUUAAAUAUAAUGUGGCAAUCAAAUGUGCAACAAUCACUCCAGAUGAAGCUCGGGUUAAGGAAUUCAACUUGAAAUCCAUGUGGAAGAGUCCUAAUGGAACAAUCAGGAAUAUCGUGAAUGGCACAGUAUUUAGGGAGCCAAUUAUUUGUAAAAACGUCCCAAGGCUUGUUCCAGGAUGGACAAAACCAAUAUGCAUUGGAAGGCACGCUUUUGGUGAUCAGUACCGUGCAACUGAUACAGUUAUCAAAGGGCCUGGAAAGCUCAAAUUAGUGUUUGAAGGAAAAGAUGAGGAGGUUGCACUAGAGGUGUUCAACUUCACUGGUGCAGGCGGAGUUGCCUUAUCAAUGUACAACACCGAUGAGUCAAUUCGUCCCUUUGCGGAUGCUUCUAUGGCUACUGCUUACCAAAAAAAAUGGCCCCUUUAUCUGAGCACCAAGAAUACCAUUUUGAAGAAAUAUGACGGAAGGUUCAAGGAUAUUUUCCAAGAGGUUUAUGAAGCUGAAUGGAAAUCCAAGUUUGAGGCUGCAGGAAUCUGGUAUGAACAUCGUCUCAUUGACGAUAUGGUUGCAUAUGCACUAAAGAGUGAAGGUGGUUAUGUAUGGGCUUGCAAAAACUAUGAUGGAGAUGUGCAGAGUGACUUCUUAGCUCAAGGUUUUGGAUCCCUUGGUUUGAUGACAUCAGUGCUGGUGUGCCCUGAUGGGAAAACCAUUGAAGCAGAAGCUGCACAUGGAACGGUAACCCGUCAUUAUCGUGUUCACCAAAAGGGUGGUGAAACUAGUACAAACAGUAUAGCCUCUAUUUUUGCCUGGUCCAGAGGGCUUGCUCACAGGGGAAAGCUUGAUGACAACACUAGGUUGGUUGAUUUCACCCAGAAAUUGGAAGAGGCUUGCGUUGGAACUGUGGAAUCUGGCAAAAUGACCAAAGAUCUGGCCCUUCUCAUCCAUGGAUCCAGUGUUACCCGAGCUCAGUAUCUGAACACUGAAGAGUUCAUUGACGCUGUGGCAUCUGAGUUGAGAGCCAGGCUGUCUGCCUAAACUACCAUUUCUUUGUGCUUUGGUUCCGAUUGUAGGUUGCUGUAGCUUGGACUCGGAGAAGGCAGGAUAUUGGGAUUCUAGUGUUUCCGAAAUAAAGGAGAAGCUUUAUUUUUUUUCUCUUCGUAGCAUUUUGCAGUGGUCACAUGGAACGAGUGUUAAUUAAUAACUCGAUACAUUUGGGGAUGGUUUUAUGAUUUGAAUUCGGUGAUUAAUUUAGGGUGUCAUCGUUGUUU